UUUCAGUGAACUGGCAAGCCCGUCAUGGAUCUGCUGGAGGAGGACCUGACAUGCCCGAUAUGCUGUUGUCUUUUUGAAGACCCACGUGUGCUGCCGUGUUCACAUAGUUUCUGCAGGAAGUGUUUGGAAGGCAUCCUGGAGGAUAACCGAAGUCCAGUUUGGAGACCUGCGUUCAAAUGCCCGACGUGCCGAAAGGAGACCGCGCACAACGGCAUCUCGAGCCUGCAAGUUAACUAUUCCCUGCGCAGCAUCGUGGAGAAGUACAACAAAAUCCGUGCGAGCCCAAGAAUGUCUCAGUGUCGCGCUCACAGUGGACAACCCCUGAACAUUUUCUGUGCCACCGACCUGAAGCUCAUCUGCGGCUUUUGCGCCACUACAGGAGAGCACAAAGGGCACAAGUUCUGCGCGCUAGAGGAGGCGUAUGAGCGAGAAAAGGUCGCCUUCGAUGAUUUGCUUCGUGCCGUUGAGAGUUGGAAAGGCGCUGAAGUUCUCUCCUGUCUGGAAGCUCUCGAGGGGGCGAAGAAAAAAGCCCUGCAGAUGGCCUCGAGAGACUUGGAUAGGGUCGCGGAAUAUUUCGACAAGCUGCUCCGUGCCCUUGAACACAAGCGCAGCGAAAUCCUGUCGGACUUUGAAAGCCUAAAGUUGUCGGUCAUGCAAACAUUCGACCCGGAGAUCAACCACCUCCGCUCGGCGCUCGAGGAACAGCAGCGGGCGCUGCGCCUCGCCGAGUCGUUUCGCUCCCUCUCCGACCCGCUUACCUUCUUGCAGUGUAUGCAGGACUUCCGCGAGAAAGUGCGAGCUAUUCGCGAGACGCCGCUGCCCGCGCGCACGGACGUGGACGUUGGCGCGCUCGUACCAAGCUUCGACGUGCACGAGUGGGACCGUGUGCGUCUAGGAGACGUGGACGCGCUGCGCGCUCCGCAUGAUGGGGGGGCUCUCCGUUCGCCGACGGCUCGCAUUGGCCCCCCGCGUCUCUCCCGAUUCGUGUGGAGUUGCGCCGUCCUGGUGUGCGUGUGCCUGUGCGUGCUGAACUUUCUCCCCGUUGACUGUUUCGCCGCGAGUCUCUGCACUAAAGCGGUGUCCGCUCUUGCCGCUGUCUCUGUGCCCGCGCCUGCAGAAAUGCUGCGGUGGAUCUCGCUUUGCUGGCAGGAGGUGGCGGGAGUGUGCGCGCUCAUUACAGAGCUCUGCAGGAACUGCAUUACUGAGCUCAUCGACACCACGUCAGAGUUUAUCAGCUGAUUUCCAACCGGUGGACUUUUUCUUAUCUACCUUCUGAAUCUGAGGUGCACACAACAGAAUGUAAUUGAAAUACAGGCCUAAGUAUUUCACCUGCGUGCAUUAAUACAUUUAUAUUACUGUCUGUUUGUGUUUUUUUUUGUUUGUUUUUGCUUUACGCACAGUCAGCUUGUGUGGAAAUUAAAGUUGAACAUUUGCAAAGUAAUGUUAGCUAUUUCAGUUAAGUGAGAAAUAAUUGUGGGUGAUGGCUUAAAAUUUGUUUAAGACUCAAACUAAAAUUUUGCUUAUCAAAUAACUUCCUUAUCCUAAAACUCAGAUUAGUUCGAAUUUUCCCAACCAUACUGUGUUUUUUUGCAAUUAUUAUUAAUGGUGGAAUUUAUGAAAAAGAAGGAAAGGUUAAUUGUUAUGCAUGUCGGUAUAUAUAUAUAUAUAUAUAUAUAUAUAUAUAUAUAUAUAUAUAUAUAUAUAUAUAUAUAUAUACAUACACUCACACACACACACACACACACACAAACUUUAUAAAAUGUACACAUUAUAUAUUUUCUACCUAAAGGGAUUGAAUGUUGUGGUGAGUCCACUAUAAGCCCGGUUUGUUGUUCUUUAUGGGGAUUAUCACUUUUGUAAAAAAAAAAAAAAUAAUAAUAAUCUAUUGCCCAAAUGUGUUUUAUAGGCCUGUAGCUUCGGCUGCUGAUUAUAACAUGCACCUUAUAAGAAUGAAAAUAAUGCUUGCUUGCUUUUGUUUGUAACUUUAUGGCUUUGUGCUAUUUCUGCACUAAUAAUCAUGGAGUAUAUAUUUGGGAUUGAUCCCGUCUACCUGUUUGCUGUACACAUCGGUACUGUAAAUAACCUGCUGUGUAGGCCUACAACAGGGUGAGUUAUUCUGGGAGAAUCCUCCUUGCAUCCUACUUUUGUGUUUCUUUAAAACUGAAAUCCUCCAGUAAACCAUCCUGGUGACGUCACCGCUCCCACCGGUUCACCGAUCAAGUCUUGCACACACGAAGUAUAAAUUUAGCCGACUGUUGCCAGGCAAUUUCUGCAUGAAAAGUGACAUUAGUUUUGCCCCCACCCCAACAGCCUAGUUUAUAAAAAUAAGUGUUAUAUAAUGAAGAGUGAAUACCAGUGAACGAGUGCGUCACCCAGCUGUUUCAGGGAACCCUGCGAGCUGUCCGUGGCUCUUUAUCACUGUUUUUCUUUCUUUUUAAUAAUUAAACGCUUAAACAUAAUAAAGGAUAACCAUUUACACA